AUGGGUGAGCUUGUAAAUGCUGCAAGAACAUUAGGUGAAACGGGGAAUUUUGUAGAUGGUUUUAAAAGACUUGUUUCAAAUGUUUUAACAAACACAAAGAAAUUAUUUAGAUAUACCAUACAUAACGGCCAGAUUUUCGAACAGGUAGCAACAAACCCUCCGGUUAUGGCUGCGUUGAUGAUGGUUAGAGAUAUAAAACCACGUAACGACGGGAACGAAGAACAUGAAAAACAGGAUACUGGUCGGGUUAUUCGAGACAUUAAAAACGUGUAUCCUGAAGUUAUUGAUUUAUUUAGAGGAGUUAAUGAUUCAAUUUCAAAACAUUCUAUAACCCUCGAUGAAGAGAAUAAAUUAACAGAUUAUAUAUUCGUCAUUAUUGCAGAAUUAAUGAAGAGAAUAAAUGAAAAAGGAAUUGGUGAUAUCAUUAAUGUCAGCAAUGUAAUGAUGAAAAGAAAUUUUGACUCAUUAUUUACAGAACCGAAAACAGAAUAUAGUCUUUAUGACGUAAUUACCGAAUUAAUGAAAAAGAUUAAUGAUAAUAAGAGUUCUGGCGGAAGAGUUGAAUUAGAAGUGAAUGAUAUUAAUGAGAAAUUAGCCGAAAAAGCAGACAAAGAUGAACUCGAAGCAAUGAACAAAGUUUUGAAAUCUCAUAAACACAACAUCUCCGAUAUAAAUGAACUUCAAGCUACAUUAGAUAAAAAAGCAGAUAAAACUUAUGUUAAUGAUGAGUUAGACCUUAAGGUAGAUAAGGAAUAUAUGGCUAGUGUGUUAGAGAAGAAGGUAGAUAAGGAAUAUGUUGAUGAAAAAGAUAAUGAAAUUAAAGAAAUGGUUGAAUGGUAUCAUGAAUGGACAUCGAAGAUUUUAAAAACUAAAGCUGAUACAGGAUGGAUUUCAGGAUGUUUAGACCUUAAAGUGGAUAAAACUUAUGUUAAUGAUGAGUUAGAUAAGAAAGCUGAUAAAGAACAUACACAUAAAUCCUUCACUAUUGUUAGAGCAGACGACAUAAUAUUGAACUAUACCCUUGGUUCAAGUGCACCUUUAGAGAAUCCAAGUACAAGCGUAAAAGAUACACUAAACAAUUUAGAUAACAGAUGUAUGAACAUUGAAGGUCAUGCCAGAAACUUUGAAGCAUAUGAACUACCAGCAAUGUUAGAUAAGAAAGCUGACAAAACAGAGCUUCAAACAAUGAAGACUGAAAUACUUCAAACAUUAUAUCCUAUAGGUUCUAUUUAUACGUCAAUGAACUCAACAAAUCCAGAAACGGUUUUAGGUUUUGGUGCAUGGGAACAGAUUGUAGAUAAAUUCUUAUACUGUGCAAACUCUUCAAAGCAAACAGGGGGUUCGAAGAAAAUUACUGAAGCAAACCUUCCACCGCACACUCAUACAGGAACGACAAACACAACAGGUAGUCAUUCGCAUUCAAUAACAAAAAGAGGUUUUACAAAUCUUGCAGCAGGUUCGGAUAGACAGGGAAUGCAUAGAUAUGAUAUUUCAAGUGACCCAGUAGAUUCAAGCGCGGGUAUUUUCUGUGGAACCACGGGAAAUCAUUCACACACUUUCACAACAAAUCCAACAGGCUCGGGCGAAGAUUAUAUGCCACCAUUUGUGACUAUAUUCGCAUGGUACCGCACAGCUUAA